GUGGGACGCAACUUUCCGGUACAUCCGGGUACUUUCGUGACCUCGGGUCACAGCGAGGUGAAAACAAAGCAGCCCCUUGGAAUGGGAGCCUCACCUCGAUACGCAUUGUGCGCGAAAUAAAGGCUAUUGUACGGGGACGCUCGGGCAUGGCAGCCGGCAGCGCUAGCGCUGUAUGUAGUACUUCUCACGCUAUCACUCUGACAGAUAUCGUCGCCUCUGCAUUGCUCCCGAGUUUGAGUUCUUCAAAUUAACUGAUCAUGCCUAAAAGCUGUGAAGCUGUAUAUUGCACAAAUCACAACUUCAAAAGGGGAGAAAAAUUGUCAUUCUACAAGUUUCCUUCUCGAAAGAAGUCUCCAGAAAGACGUGAUAAAUGGUUAAAUGCUGUGCAGAAACUGACCAAAACGGGUGGUCGUUGGAGCCCUGGCAAACAUGCUGUACUGUGCAGCAAACACUUUGUAACUGGUGCCCCAGUUUUGCAGCAGAAUCAUCCCGACUACAUCCCCUCCAUCUUCCCACACAAACCAAAUAGCACAACAAAGGGACUAAAAAACUUGAAGCGCUUUCAACGGAAAGAGAAACUCAGCAAGCGUCUGCCAUUCUCGCAUCCUCAAGAUGUUGACGAAGAACCAGAUCCAGCGCCACUUGAAGAUGAAGUCAUGCAACCUCCCGAAGCCGAACAGACAGACGGGGCAUGUCAACAAAACAGCAUGUCUACAGAAGAAUCUUACAAGCUUAAAAUCCAAAAACUUGAGGAAGAGUUGCUAGCUGUCAAGCAGGAACGAAACAAAUGUCGCGAGAAAUGCAGUAAACUACAGGAAGAUUGUCAAAAAUAUCAAGAAGAAUCAGAUAACCUGAAAGAGCAGCUUGAGGGACAUUGUUUGUCGUCCAAGAUAGUUCAGGGGGAUGAUAAGAAGUGCCGUUUCUUCACUGGCCUGCCGCUGUCUGUCUACGUAAAGACAUUUGAACACUUAAAAAAGUUUGUUCCCCAUGCUACAACCAAAGAUUCACUGUCAUAUGAAGACCAGUUCUUUUUCACCCUAGUCCGCCUGCGACUAGACUUGUCUUUUGAAUUCCUCGCUUACCAGACCGGAGUGGCAGAGUCAACAAUCAGGGGGUACUUCUGGCUUUGGAUUGACAUGAUCUUCUACAAGCUGGACUUCAUGCUAAGGUGGCCUUCACGUGAAUCAGUAGUAGCUACUCUCCCAUCAGCUUUCAAGGUGAAGUUUCCCCGUCUCACCUGUAUCGUUGACUGCUUUGAGAUUUUCAUGGAACAACCAAAAAACCUUCAUGCUAGAGCUCAAGUGUACUCCAAUUACAAGAAACAUACAACUGUGAAGGUAUUCAUUGCAUGCACUCCUCUUGGAGCUGUUUGUUACCUUUCUCCAGCAUGGGGCGGGCGUGUAUCAGAUGUAGAACUCGUGAGACGGAGUGGAUUCAUUGACCCUCAUCUCCAUGAACCUGGUGAUCAAAUCCUAGCCGAUCGAGGAUUCCUUCUUCAUGAUGACUUUGCUACGGUUUGCUCAGCAGAGCUUAUUACUCCAGCAUUUACCAGGGGAAAGAGUCAAUUGUCAGCAUGGGAUGUGGAGAAGUCGCGAGGAAUGUCAUCGAUUCGAAUUCAUGUCGAGCGUGUCAUCGGACUUAUCAAGAAUCGCUACACAAUUCUUCAGAACACUCUUCCAGUUUCCAUGGUGAAGUCACGGAAAGGUGAGGCAGAUGACGACGACUUAUCCAGCAUAGAUAGACUGCUCCAGGUGUGCGGCAUUUUGGUCAAUCUCGGUGGGAGCAUUGUGAUCAAGGAUUGAGUUACUGUUUUGGUGAACACUGCUGGAAGCUGGAAGCAUGAAGAGACUAUUGUACAAUGUGCAUAUAUAUCUGAAUAAUUGAUUGCAUAAUAUAGUUGAAAUAGAUGGAAAAUUUAUGGAUCAUACUGUAGUAUGGUGGCAACCCCAUGAUGUCAUAUGCUUAAGAAAACUAAAUGCAUGGGACAUCUUGGUGAUGCUGUAUUGCAUUUGAUUUGAUGAAUGAUUUUGAAUCAGUUCUGAACAUCUGUUUAAAUAUGUGUAAUUAAAUUUAGGUACACAUAGUUCUAUUUUGUGUAUUGUUUUUUUUUUCUAUUUUGUGAUGUGAUUGUGUGGGAAAGAAUGCAAAGUAAAAGUGGCGAGAAAGGUUUUUUAGAGAGUUGAAUAACGUUGCACUUGAGGGUUGGAUAUGAAGAAGCAAAUGCAACAUUAAAUUUGAAAUAAUCUUGAAAGAGAGAAAGGAAGCAAGAGAGAAUUUUUGGAAGGAAAAUUUUCUGAAAAAAAUAUGAAGCUAGAAACAAACAUUUUUUUUUUGCUUGAUAGUUGAAUAAGGGAGAGAAUAGGGAUGAAGAAUAAGAGAAGAUAAGAAUCUAGUUGGUUAUGAAGAAGUGAAGAACAAGUGAGUGGGUGAUUAGGAAUUUACAAAUGAGGAUAAGGAAGAAACCUUUGAGGUGGUAUCACACUGAGCGGUGAACGUAGCAAAUAUUUGGUUUUGUAAAAAAAAAAAAAAAAAAAUCUUAACAUGAGGAAACAUUUGUCUCUUAACUUAUUUUUCUGCAAAGGCAAUUUGAACAUAUUCACUGAUUCUGCAUUCACCUCUUAGUAUGAUACUCCCUUAAGAAAAGAAUGCAAGAUAAAGGGAUGGGAAUUGUAAAGGGAAAAAAAAAUUUACUUGGGGCACCUGCCAUCAUCUCCCCCCCCCCCACCAAUGUCACAAUCUCAUGCGUCCAUUAUGGUUCUUAUCCAUUUUUUUACUCGGUAUUUCAUAACCUAUCA